CUGAUCAAACGCGCAGCUUAGGGAGUGAGGCUCUGCCGCGAUCGAAGUGAAGUGUGUGUGUGUGAGCGACGUCCGCCCUAUUCCUCUCUGCUCGCUCGCUCGCUUGCCGGAGAAUCAUCGACGCCGCGACGUAUCAAAUCUGCAAUGGCGUGCGUGAGCAUGGCUGCUGUGAGCUCGGCCACUUUGGCCCCCGCAGCCACGCAGGUGUGGGAGGGAAAGACGCUGUCGCGCCAGGGCUUGUCUUUGGCUGCUGCUUCUCCCCUCAGAAUGGCUGGACAGGUCGCCAUGAACCGCAGCAGGGUUGUGAUGAGCGCUGCGCCACAGGACAAGAAUGUUGCUGGUUUGACCAGCCUGGCUUUGCUUGCCGCUGCCGUGGUGCCCGAGAUCGCAGAGGCAGCUCAACCCGGUAUUUCUCCCUCAUUGAAGAACUUGCUCCUCAGCGUGGUCGCAGGAGGAACUGUGCUCACCGUGAUUGGCGUGGCCGUCGCUGGAGUGUCUACCUUCGACCCUGUCAAGAGGAAGUAGAUUAGAUGCAUCGAAAUUUUGUAAAGACUUGGAUUUGUGUUUCAAUUUGAAUCGAAUGUUCUCAACCUUCCUCC